UCUUGGUGUAUGAGUAUAUGAGCAAUGGAACACUCUGACUACCUUUUCAAAUCCCAAAUAAAGCCAAACUGGGAAGAAAGAAUUAAAAUCUCUUUAAAUAUUGCUAGAGGGAUCCUCUACUUACACGAGGAAUGCGAGACUCACAUCAUCCACCGUGACCUCAAUCCCAACAACAUAUUAAUAGACGAGCAUGGGUGUGCAAUAAUUGUAGAUUUUGGAUUGGAAAAGCUAUUGAUGCCAGACCAUUCCAGGACUCUAACUGGGUUAAGAGGAACAAGAGGGUAUGUUGCCCCUGAGUGGCACAAGAACUUGCCCAUCACAGUAAAAGCCAAUGUGUAUAGUUUUGGAGUUGUAUUCUUGGUCAUUAUAUGCUGUCGCCGAAGCAUUGAUGUCAAUGCUCCCGAAGAAGAGGCUAUUCUUGUUAACGGGGUCUACGACUGUUUCAAGGCUAAUGAAGUGAGCAAGCUGGUGCCUGAAGAAGUUGAUCACGAAAGCUUGGAAAAGAUUAUCAGAAUUGGAUUUGGUACGUAGAAGAAGACCCAGCAACUCGCCCUCCAAUAAGAAGGUGGUUUAGUCUUUUAGAUGUUGGAAGGUACCGUAGAGAUACUCGAACCUCCAUGCGCACAAUCUUCAUUUCAGCAUUAGUUCUUCAUCACACGUAAGAGUGAAGUAUUUCCUUUUUUUGGCCCCCAUAAAACUCGAUUUGUAAUUGGAGAAUACUGAGGUGAUUCUACGAGUGUAAAGAAAAUGUUUAAAAAAUUAUAUAGGUAAUAGAUUAUAAAAAGUAAAAAUUACAAAAAAAAUUAAUUUUUCUUUUGGAGAAUUUUUGGGCAACUUUUAUAUUGUAUUUUGAAGUCAUUAGAAUUA